GUGGUGCAGCUCCUGCCGGUCAUGCUUCGCCUCCUGCUCCGAGCGGCUGGGCUGGUAGCGCUGCUUCCCGUGGGGCUCGGCGCCGCUGCCAAGUUGACCAAGAAGUCCCUUCACAACCACAUUCUAACCUACCGGAAACUCUCAUAGAACAGGAAGGUGCAGGGACUGUCAGUCGGUAGAGAUGAUCUCCUUCAAGCAAUUGCCGCUUGAAGCAAAGGCUGCAGUGGCUGCUGGAGUUGUCUUCUUCUCCAUGAUGAUAUCCCGGACCUUACUGGCUGAGCAACUUGCGUUUGGUACACAGAGGUGGCUGCGGAGAUUACAGAUGGCACUGUUCGUUAAUGCGCUGAUGCUCAUAGGUUCUCUUUACAUCUGGAGAUGUAUAGUGACCACAUUCUACAGGCUUUCAGCUGCUAACUCCUAUUGUUUCAUGUCAUGGAAAAUAGCUGUGUUAACGUUUCUAGGUUUGGCACACUCUAGCUUUUUUACGUUGCUGUUUCUUGUUGCAGAAGAGCCCUAUUUCUUUUCCUUAGCUUCUUACACAUGUCUAGGAGCCUAUAUAAUCCUUAUUUUUUUUCUCUUCACUCUGGGCUCUGUAGAGCAAGUUUAUAAACUCUUGGUCAGCAGAGGUGCUAAGACAAGUGGUAUCAAUAAGGGUAGUAAAACUGUCAUGAAACCUGUUUUGGUUGUUAUGGUGACAGUUGCACUGACUGCUCUUGGGUUGUUGAAUGCCUCUCAGCCUCCUGCAGUGACCUCAGUGGUGAUUCCUGUUCACAAACUGCCUUUAUCCAUGGACGGCCUGAAGGUGGUGUUGCUAUCAGAUAUUCAUCUGGGACCCACUGUAGGGAAGACUAAACUUGCAAUGGUUGUGCAGAUGGUCAAAGCUUUAAAACCCGAUAUCACUGUGAUUGUAGGUGAUCUGUCAGAUUCUGAAGUGAUGGCCAUCCGACCUGCUGUCGAACCUCUUAGUGAGCUUAAUUCCCCAUUGGGAAAUUAUUUUGUCACUGGAAACCAUGAGUAUUAUACUUCUGAUGUCAACAGCUGGUUUGAAUUACUGAAGUCAUUUAACAUUCAUCCACUCCACAAUGAGAAUGUGAAGAUCUCUUCUCCAAGGAGUAGCAAUGAUUGGUUCUGUCUGGCUGGGGUUGAUGAUAUUGAGGCUCAGGUGUUGCGCUAUUCUGGGCAUGGCAUGGAUUUAAAAAAAGCCCUCGUUGACUGCAAUGCUGAUCAUGCAAUAGUACUUCUGGCUCAUCAGCCACUGGCUGCAAAAUGGGCUCUCCAAGAUCGGCCAGACAUAAAUUUGAUCCUUUCUGGCCACACUCACGGUGGGCAAAUAUUCCCUCUGAAUGCUGGUGCCUAUUUGCUGAAUCCCUUCUUUGUUGGCUUGUAUAAAGUUGGGCAGAGCACUUUCGUAUAUGUCAGCCCAGGGACUAUGUAUUAUGGAAUUCCAAUGAGGCUGGGCAGCAGAGCUGAAAUAACGGAGAUCAUCCUGCGCUCUUCCUGAAUGGUCUGCCAACUUACAAAUUCUGUGUCCUCUAUCAGCCAGUAGAACUGACAGUUUGAUUCACAAGUCCCCAAGCCAAGUCCGUCCCUGAUAUAACUCUGGGGAAGUCAGUGAAGUUAAUACAGUGAUGGACUUGGUCGUGUAAGUCUGAUACUGCUUUUUGUUCAGAAAGCACUAUUUCUUCUGCCACAUAGUAAGUUUAUCAAACACCCAUUGCAGAUGAGUGGAAGUGAUGAACUCAUCUGAUUGAUUUAUAAUUUGUGCUAUUGAUAUGUUGCAUUUUAAAGAUAUCACCAUGAGAUCAGUGUUUGGUUUCAAGUGUGCUUACUGUGUAUAUUUAAUAUCUGUAAUCUGUCAUUAGUUCAUAUUCCAUUUUUCACUUGUUUGUUGGCAUCUGAUGGAGUGCCGCCUAACUCAUGAUGAUGUGCAGUUCACUCACUGAGAAGUGUGGUGAAACUGUGGAUGCAAAUUUUGCAGAGUACUCUACAAAGUCUUCAUUGAGGUCUGUCGAGUCGUCCUACUAUGGGAAGUGAAUGGGGUAUUUGCAGGUGAUAGCAAGGAUUCUGUUUAAAUUUUUUAUGGGGGGCCUUUAUCUCAGUUGGGGCCUGUAGGUGCUUCUGCAAAAUGACCAGUAAAGUAAGGUGCCUGUGCUAGGGUUACCAAUUUUGGUUGGAUGUAUUCCUGGAGGUUUUCUCACAUGACAUAAACUUUAAUUAAAGAUUAAUUUUUAAUUUCCGGAGACUCCAGGACAAUCCUGGAGGCUUGGCAACCUUAGGCCCUAUGCAUCUGUUCGUUUAAAAUCUACAUAAAAAAACAAAAUCAUAAGAAUUGGAGAGACUUUUAUAGUGGGGAAGGGUGGAAAUAGCUUCCUUGUUUUGCCUAAAUGUAACCCGUCAUCCAGUGAGUAUCUAAUAAAGGUAUUAUAAAAGGGCCAUUGUUAAACUCCCACUUCAGUGUGAGCGUUCAGUACUUUACUGUUGGUAUGAGCAACACUUACGCUAUGUCUACGCUAGCCCUUUUGUCAGUAAAACUUUUGUUGUCCAGGAGUGUAGAAAAAAACACACCCCGAUCAACAUAAGUUUCACCAAUAAGUUCUGGUGUGGACAGAGCUAUGGCUCUUCUGCCGACGUAGCUACCACUGCUUGUUAGGGGUGGUUUAAUUAAGCUGAAGGGAGAGCUCUCUCCCGUCAGCACAGAGCGGCUACACAGGAGACCUUACAAUGGCACAGCUGCAGCAGUACAACUGUGCACUGUAAGGUCUCUAGACAUAGCCUUAAAAUCUACAGUUGAAAGAAUUGGAGUGCAAACCUUUUUUUCCCAGUUGUAUUAUUUGGGUAGGGUUGGUUAGUUUCUUUCCAUUGUCUAUAGUUAGUUUCUUCUUUCUGUUUUGUGUGGGGUUUUUUUUUUUUUUAACCCAGCAACUGGGGGGAGAGAGAAUUUUAAAAACAAAGCAGCUGCGACUCAAAGGAAAGGUACUUAGAUUGUAAAUUUAAUAUUUUCCCUUGACCAGAACUAGAUUAGAUAGCAAGUACUGAAGAACCUCAGGAGUUCAAACUCUGAAAUGUUCCUGUGAACAAAACGUUAUGGUUGUUCUUUCAAAAUUUUGC